AUGUAUUUUGUGACUACGGCUACUUUUUAUAACGAUGUUUAUCUCAACAAUGAAGUAUCACAAACUCUUACGACGACAGUUCAAAGAAAGUACUCUAUAAAAUCUUUUGAAUUAAUAGAUCAACAAAGAAAUCAUGAUAAAUUAUCAGAAGAUAGUGAAUUACAAAAAAAAAAGAUGCUCACCAAACAAAUAACUGAACAAAUAUUCAAAGCGAAAGCAGAUGUACAACUUAGUAAUCAGGAAGCUGAGAAGACCCAGCAAAGGGUAAAUGAUGCUAUUACUGCAUUAUCUGAAUCAAGGAGUCACGUUUUUGCUGCUAGCAUGCAACUGAUAAAAGCACAAGAAGAAGUAGCUAACGCGGCUAAGUUAGCGAAAACUUUACAAAUAAAACUUGCUACUGAUCAUCAAAAAAUAUAUGAUGCGUAUAAAAAAGUUGACUCGCUUACGUCACUUUUGAUACCUUUAGAAAAUGACAUUAGUGUGGCUGAACAAACUUAUAGACUCCGAAAAUCUGUUCAACAUUUUUUUAGUACUGAUAGGUCAACCAAAAAUAUAAAUGGCGAUACCAGUUAUAUAAACCAAUUACUAUUUUCGCCAUUAUUAAGUACAUCAAAAAAAAAUACUAUUAUCAUAAAAAAGACAAGAAGUUAA